AUGCUUCGUCAACGCCCACCCACAUCCUCCAAUGCCAAGGGGGCAAAGGGCCCCUUGCCUAGGAACACAGCCAGGAACGAGACCAACAAUAGGAACGUUCAUAAUGAUCCACAUACUCCACUCCCUAACGACCAGUCCCCAUCCUUUUCUCGACGACGCCCUUCCGCAAGGUCGUCGUCGUCGUCCGGUCCUGCCGAAACUCCCAAAAACCUACCUGAGGAAAAGGAAACGGCAGAUAUGGAGUUUAAGGACAUGAGCCGAAAGUCGCAAUGGAUUGCGCUGGCUAUGAUGAGCGGUGCCUGCGCGGCGUUUAACGGGGUGUUUGCGAAGCUAACAACCACCGAACUCACCACAAGCUUCGCAGCCUCGGUUGGGAAUUUUUUUGGUUUAGGCGAUGGAGAGAAGGUUGUGGAGUUCGUAGUUAGAGCUAUAUUCUUCGCCCUCAACCUUAUCUUCAACGGCAUAAUGUGGGCGCUCUUCACCAAAGCCCUCGCCCGCGGGACAUCCACAACUCAAGUCAGCAUCAUAAACACCAGCUCCAACUUCAUGAUCACCGCCAUUCUUGGCUUCGUAAUCUUCUCCGAGUCGUUGCCACCGUUAUGGUUCCUUGGCGCCGGGUUAUUGGUAGCGGGAAAUGUGAUCAUUGGACGCAGGGAGGAGGUUGAUACUCUCAAACCUUCCGGAGCAGAUGUAUUAGAGGAGGAGGGGCUAUUGGGGGAUGAGAGUGAGGCUGUGGAGCUUGACGAGGGUGUUGAUGCGGAGGGGAAUGGGAAGCCGAGGAAUGGGGAGGAUAUUUUGGAUUUGGAUUUGUUGGGUGAAGAGGAGGAAGUGCGGAAGAACAGUGACGAUUUGAUUGGUUUGAGGAGAUGA